ACCGGGUUUCGGUGGAGCUCCUAGGACCCCGGGUGGGGUUGAGACCCGGGGUGGGAGGUGGGGUGCCUCCUGGCCCGGCGAUCGUCCCCUCCCCGCGGUGCCCCGAGACAGAUCGGGCGUGCAGCACACACACACACACAGCGUGGGGGCAGCAACGGUGCCGGCUCCUCGCGUAGUGAACAGAUCUUCAGUUGUGCUAACUUUGGCGUCAUCCAAAGCUCUAGGCUGUGCCGUGUUUUACGGAUUUAGCGGGCAUGAUGGGGAAGUUUCUCUGAAAUAGGUGACUCCCCUAAACUUAGGGUGAACUAGGAGAAUCCCACCUAGUUACUGGGCCAAAAUAAUUCUAUACUCAACAUGAAAGCUCCUCGAGCCCAGUGAGGGACGGAGGCUGCUGGCUGUGGGCGAGAUAUCCCGCAAAGAGGGUGCCCUUUUGGAUGCAGCCCGUCGCCAAACAGGAAAGGACCAAUGCAUUUUAUUAGACGUGACAUGUACACCUGGGUCUCAUUUUCCAUCUACUUUGCGGUUAAAAAGUUUAAAAUCCUGGCUAAGCCAGAAGAGUAGAAGCAGGACUUUGCCGACCCCACCACGGGCCUGAUACAGGCUGACAAUGGUGUGUCGAGCCCACGAGUUUUGAGCCUCGCGGCUCUCCAUCCGGACCUUCCAGAGGCCGCGCGGCGCGUCCCGCGCUUUCUUGCGCGCUGGGGUCAGAGGGCGCCGCACAGGCGCACAGAGCCAGCGCCGCGGCCAUGGGAGAGGCGGGCAGCGCGGCGGAGCCCUGUCGGCACAUGGGAACUAAAGAAGAAUUUGUUAGAGUCAGAAAGAAGGACCUGGACCGGCUGACAACUGAAGUGAUGCAGAUACGGGACUUCUUACCCAGAAUACUAAAUGGAGAGGUCCUGGAAAGCUUCCAGAAGUUAAAAAUUUUAGAAAAAAACCUGGAAAUGAAAGAGCAAGAAUUGGAACAGCUAAAACUGGACUGUGAGCAUUUCAAAGCCCGCCUGGAAACCUUGCAGGCCGACAGUGGAAGGGAGAAGCAGGAGAAACUGGCUCUUCGGCAGCAGCUGAAUGAAGCGAAGCAGCAGCUCUUGCAGCAGGCAGAAUACUGCACAGAAAUGGGAGCAACCGCCUGCACCCUGCUCUGGGGCGUCUCCAGCAGUGAGGAGGUCGUCAAAGCCAUGUUGGGAGGAGAUAAAGCUUCGAAGUUUUUCAGCAUCACUGGCCAAACAAUGGAGAGUUUUGUGAAGUCACUGGAUGGGGACGUCAAGGAGCUUGAUUCUGAUGAAAAUCAGUUUGUUUUUGCUUUGGCUGGAAUUGUAACAAAUGUUGCUGCCAUAGCUUGUGGCCGUGAGUUCCUGGUUAAUUCCAGUCGGGUGCUCUUGGACACCAUGUUGCAGCUGCUGGGGGACUUGAAGCCAGGACAGUGCACCAAACUCAAAGUGUUAAUGCUGAUGUCCCUGUACAAUGUGAGCAUCAAUUUGAAAGGCUUAAAAUACAUCAGUGAGAGCCCUGGAUUCAUCCCUUUGCUGUGGUGGCUUUUGAGUGUCGUAUUUCUGCUGCGCUUCCUGACAUCUGCUUACUGUAAUGUAUUUUGGCAUGUGUUGAAGCAGGACGACGCUGGUUGUGACUCAGACUGCAGUACUUCAGAGCUGACCCAUCUGCCACACCGGCAUAUUUUAGAAAAGGAGCAGAUCCAAGAUCCAGAUGCAGAAGUGUGUCUUCAUGCCCUGCGCCUUGUCCAGUCUGUAGUUCUGGAGCCAGAAGUCUUCUCCAAGUCGGCCUCUGAGUUCCAGCACUCACUGCCCCUACAGCGCAUUCUGGCCAUGUCCAAGAGCCGCAACCCCCUCCUGCAGACUGCGGCCCAGGAGCUCCUGGAAGACCUCCGUGCCCUGGAGUGUGGUGUGUAGUCCCCACCCCUCCCCAGCUUCCUCACCUUGUGUUCAAAACUGUCACCCUGCACCACACGCUGGAGGGGCAGAUUGACUAGAGAUGGAUGUGAACAGAUGUGUCCACAGCACUUCCUCCUGGAGGUGACUUGCUGUGUAGUGUUACUCGGGCCCCAGGAGGAGCCGCAGGAGACUCCAUCCCUCUGCAAGGACCACACUGCUCCCAGAAGAGGCUUUCUUUGCCAGUAGCCAGCCUGGGACCUGGAAGAUAUGGAAGUGACACAGCCAUCCACCUCAUGGGUAGCAUUUUCCUGAGGUGUAUUUCUCUGAAAAACAGUUCAUUCUGUCUCUAGGAAUCAUAGUCCCCCCCAAAAAAAAUGCAGAAUUGCCUCUAUCACUCCUUGGUGAACCUGUGAUUCUAGAUGACAUCAAACAUUUUAGCUGUAUAUUUUUUGUGCCUCUUUUAUUUUUGAAUAAAGUCAAAAGAGUCAGUGUUUGCAA